CCGUUUGUGCGAGCAAGGAGGCUGGAUGAUUACCCGCGAAGCCCUCGCUAUGAGGCCGAUCGGGGUAGAGGCGACUCCCGCGGCCGAUGGGAGACAGAUCAGGGCCGACGAGAUGGAUAUAGGGAUGACAGAUAUGAGAGAUCGGACCGAGGUGGAUAUAGGGACGACAGAUACGAGAGGUCGGGUCGAGAUAGCUACAGAGGAAGUAGAUAUGAAAGAGGAGAUCGGGACUAGGAACGACAAGAUGGGUCGCGCGGACGGUUUGAGCGCGGGGGAGAUGCGAGAGAGCAGCGCGAUGAGUCGCGGGGGUGGUACAACCGAGGGGACCGACGCGAUGAGUCACGAGGACGAUAUGACUCGGGGGACCACCGGAAUGAUUCGCGAGGGCGGUAUGAGCAAGGAGGGUCUGGAGGAGACCGGCGCAACUAUUCGCGCGGUCGGAAUGAGAGAGGGGGAUAUGGCGUCUCAUCAGAACCAUAUCCCAAACGACAGGGCAUCUACUCCCAGGAACUCAUGCGUCUACUGUAGAGGAGAAGAUCAUAUCAAGAGGGAUUGCCCGGACCUCAAACGGGCAAUAGAUGAGGGACUUGUCGUGCUUGACGACCACAAGUACGUCAAGUGGGCAGAUGAUCUCGGAGACGUAUCGAUGUUCCCUUCGAUGAAGGAGAAUGUCGAAGUAAGGAGAAUAAAGACGAGUAAAGGAAUGGAGCCGGUCAGGAGCCAGAGCAUCAAGAUAAUAUUUGAGGGGGAUAUCGCGACCACACCCAUAAGGGUGGCAGCCACCAAGUCGGCAAGAGGGUCUACAUCGAAGAAGACUGACACGGAUUACGUGAUGGCGGAGAAGGACGGGCAGCGGGUCGAUGGAAAGGAGGUUAUCCUUUCGCCGCGAAAGCGGGGAGUGAAGAAGUUCUUAAUGAAGAGUUCGCUGGACGAGAUUGACACGRWCGAGCCACUGAGGCGGGUCCUUCGGCAACCCAUGCAGUGCUCUAUUCUGGAGUACCUGGCGGCAUCGAAGCCGGCUCGUGAUGAGUUACAGAUGAUCACGCGGAAGACUCGCAUAUCUCUAUCGGAGGAGGAUCAGGGGGCACCCAAGGCGGAAGCUUCUACAGUAGCAGUAACGGGGGUGACUGCCAGAGCGGAUCGCAUGGCGACAGUCCUUCUCGAUGGAAUGGAAGGUGUGACUCCAGACAAGUUUUAUAUACUUGGUAGCGGGGCCGUGRAGACGAUUAUAAACGAUGGAGCGGUACUCGAUGCUGUGAUCGAUAACGGCAGUGAGGCUGUCAUCAUAGACGAGGACCUGGCAGUACAGGUUGGACUGGGCCUCGACAGGUCGUACCUAUUCGAGAUAGAGACGGCUGGUGGGAGAAAGCAAUAGAUCACUGGGGUUUGUCACAAGGCAGCCAUAGAGGUCCAAGGGGUAAGAGUGACCCUGCCUGUUUUUGCGGUCAAGAACCGUAGCUCCGACCUG